AUGCGUCUCUUCAGACCCAUCCUCCUCUCUCUGACUGUCCUUGCAUCUCAGGUUCUUGCGGAGGAUGCAGGACCCGUCGACACUCUGAAGGUGAAGCACAAUUAUCAAAGUGAUGUCUCGCGUCUACGCAAGAUCGUCAUCAACAGUCUUUACUCGCACCAGGAAAUCUUCCUUCGAGAACUUAUUUCGAAUGCCAACGACGCGUUGGAGAAACUGCGACUCACGGCCCUUACGGACAAGUCCGUUUGGGAUGGUUCAGACCCGCUGAACAUCACUAUCAAGUCAAUGAAGAAUGAGGAUGGAAAGGGCGGAUGCUUGGUUGUCGCCGAUACCGGAAUCGGCAUGACGCCUGAGGAACUUGCCACCAACUUGGGGACCCUGGCCAAGUCAGGAACGUCGGACUUCCUUGCUCGAGCUGAAGGCAGCACAGACGCGACUGCAACUGGAAAUCUCAUUGGCGCAUUUGGUCUCGGGUUUUACAGCAGCUUCUUGGUUGCUGAUCGCGUCGAAGUCGCGUCGCUUCCCCCAGCGACCGCCAAGAAUCCCAACCCUCAACAACACGUCUUCACCUCUUCAGCCGACGAUAGUACCUUCGAGGUCUACCCGGAUCCAAGAGGGAAUACUCUUGGCAGAGGAACAGAAAUUACUCUACAUCUGAAGCCAGACGCGUCUGAGUAUCUAGAGGAUGCCACACUCUCGGCCCUUGUUCACAAGCAUUCCGCUUUCUCCUCUUCCUUCCCUAUCUACUUGUUUGAAAGGUGGACUGAAGAGGUCCCCGAAGAGAUCGAAGAGGUUACCCCUUCGGAGACCGAAGCAACGUCCUCAGAAACUGCCGAAGUCGCCGAAACACCGAAAGCUGAUGCAGACGAGGACGAAGCCAUCGUUGAGGAUGUUACUAUAGAAGAGGAGGCGAAGGAGCCUCCACCUCCUAAGAUGGUGAACGUCACAAAAGAGCAAUGGAGUCACUUGAACAAACAACCGCCUCUUUGGGCCAGGGAUCCCAAAAAUGUAACAAAAGAGGAGUACGAUCUGUUCUACACAACUUUCUUCAAGGAUUUCCAAAGGCCUUUGGCGUGGCACCAUUUCUCGGGAGAUGCUGGUUCUGGUUCGGCCUUCAAGGCGCUUCUCUUCUUCCCUUCCAAGUUGCCUGAGGAGUAUUGGCAAAAGCCUCUGGAAUACAAGUCGAAGGAUGUCAAGUUGAUGGUUAAACGAGUCUUCAUUACCUCUGACCUUGGCGACCAGGCCUUGCCGCAGUGGGCAAGUUGGGUUAAAGUUGUCGUUGAUGCUGAGGACCUUCCGCUCAAUGUUUCUCGAGAAACCCUUCAGUCCAACCGAUUCAUGAGGCAACUGAGACAGUUGAUCAUCAAGCGAAUGAUUCAACUCUUCACGAAGAUUAGCGAAGGGGAUGAUAAGGCGCAAUUCGACAAGAUGCACGAGACCUACGGUUCUAUUCUCAAACUGGGAGCUGUCGAGGACGAAAAGAAUCGCGAAAAGCUCGCUGGUCUUGCUCGCUUUACGAGCAACCAACGCAAUGAGACAUCGUUUGAUCAGUAUGUUGAGAACAAGAAGAAAGGGCAGAAGCAAAUUUUCUAUCUCGCAGAGAUUGGCAAGAAACCUGAAGACUUAGCACAAAGCGUUUUCAUCGAGAAGCUUCACGCUCGUGGUUAUGAGGUUCUACUUCUCACCGAACCCCUUGAUGAGAUUCUCGUGGGACAUCUUCGCCAGUGGAAGGGCAUGCCGUUCCAAGAUGCCGCCAAAGCCGGCCUGAAGUUUGGUGAUGAAGAUAUAGACCCUGAAGAAGAGAAAGAACAGCAGAAGACACUGGAGGAAAAUUUCAAGCCAUUGAUCGAGUAUCUCAAGAAGGAAGCAGGAGAUGCCGUUCGCGAUGUCGUCCUUUCCAACCGUCUCGUGAAGAGUCCGUGUGCGAUUGUCGCCGAGACAGGCGGAUAUACCGCUAAUGUGGCGAAGAUGAUGGCUGCUUCAAAUGCAAAGGGCAAUCGCGGCGGUAUUUUGCAUGACUAUGCCAUGAAAGCCAAAUUGCUUGAAAUAAACCCUCGGUCACCCCUCAUCGAAGGCCUUCUACGUCGAGUGAAAGACCUUCCCACAGACGAAAAUGAGAGGGACCUUGAGAGCGAAGAAGAAUUGCAGGAGGUCACUUCCAUCUUGAUAGAUGGUGCGUUGGUUCGCUCAGGAUUUGAGGUUCCAGACAACAACAAGUUCUUCACGCGAGUCGACAGAGUUCUAAGGCGGUCAUUGGGUGUCUCAGAGGCUGCCACCACUGAUGAGACAGUCAAGCCGGCGCCUCCUGCUGUCAAGGACCUUUCCGAAGAUGAGCGAGACGAGACACCUAAGCCCGAGGAGCCCACAGGUCCUGGAAUCAUUCUGCCAGAUCAUAUGAAGGACAAGAUUGAGCUGACAAUGGAAGAGAUUGAUGAAGAGGGGAAUCCUGUUGUUCAACAUGAUGAACUGUAG